AUGAUCCAUGUCCAAGAUGUUCAAGGAGUUGGGCUAUACAGAAGAAUUCGAGGAAGUGAUUGUGAGAAGAUGCUUUUGAGUCAUAAUAUCAUUUGUUAUCCUUAUUUUGACUUGCUUCCUGGUUGCUCCUUGUUCGCACAGGUGCUUGGUAAGCUCUCGCUAUCUUCUUCUCACAUCAGGCGAGGCAUUGAUUACUCGGCGGGAAUGCUGACCAAGACUUGUCUUGAUAUUGGCUAUGCAGGUGGCGUGGAUUUGUGUGGCCUUGUAGAUAGUAAAAGGAUGGAGCGCACGCCAGCUCAGCAGGAGAGAUAUGCUUGCUUAGUGUGCAGAUAUAAAGGAGAGCUGUUUAAAGAUAUUAAUCAUUUUAUCAUUAUCCUGUAUGUAGAUCAAAGCUUUGACUUCCAUCUUUAUGUGGAUCAAUUUCGAGAAGAAGCGUAUGCUCUUUGUCAAAAUAGCAAUCAUUACAGAAAAUGA